CACAGAGAGACAAAGAGACAAGACCAAGGUUGCUAUCUGUAUCCUGCCAUUGAAGGGACACCAGGUUUGUGGGGUGUAGAUGUAGGUGGAAUGUGUGCUGCUAUUGCAUGACUGAAGGUGAUAGUAUUGAAUCUUGUAUGUUAGGAUGAAAAGUAAUGCUUGAUCACACUGCUUUGGUUCAGCAUUGUAAUGGUGUGUGUGUGUGUGUGUGUGAAAGCAUGGAUAUGGACUUGGAGAGGAUCAUUCAGUGCAUCAAACAAGGAGACCAGGUCAGUGUCCAGACACACCUGGACCACUACAACACUCAGGUACUACACUGCCUGUGUUACUGUGACUACCACACUACUGUAAACAACUGUCUGUAACCAUGACUAACACACCAUGGGGCUGUCUGUUUCCAUGACUACAAUACUCCAUGACUAAACCAUGUAUCCUUGACUGUAUUCUUAUACCCUCUCCUUCUCUUUCCCUUUCCAAUUAUCUUUCUCCCUCCCUCCCACAUAUCCCCCCCCCCCCCCCCCCCAUCUUCUCCACAGUAUGCUGAAUGCUUCUUCUUCAAUAUUGAGGAGAGGGAAAGAAGAAAGGUGAGGACAAAGAAAAGACUUGAACUAUUCUUUAUUUCUGUCAUUCCUUUGCAUAAUUUCUCCGUUGCCUCUCUCUCUUUCAUUCUUCCGUCAUCCCUUACUUUCUAUUUCUUCCUCCCUCUGUCCUUCCCUAUCUCUCUCUCUGUCUAUUCCCAUGGCCUGUCCAUGUCCUCUCAGUGUCAGGCCACCAGAGGCUCAGAUUAACCAUGUAAUUAGUCAGAAUCCUGCUCAUCCCCCGCCACUCAUCUUAAUCUCCCUCUUUCACUUAUACUCCAUCCCUGUCGUUCUCCUCCCCUCCCUAUCUCGCUGUCCUGUCUAUCUGCAGUUCUCUUUCUUUCUUUCUCUCUUUCUUUCUCUCUCUUUCUUACAUCCCACUGGGCACAAACGUCAUUUCAAUAUCUAGUUUUGAUUUACAUUUGUUUAUGUUGUCAAAUAACGUGAAUUGAAUGUGAAAUCAACAAAAAAGGUCACCAUGUCAUUGAAUUUAGGUUAAAAGUUGGGUGAAAAAAAGACAUAAUUCCCUUAUGUUGAUGACUUCUUGCAAAUCCAAUCAGUUUUCCAAGUUGAUUCAACGUUAUCACAUUUAAUAUUUUUGUUGAAAUGAUGUAGAAACAAUGUUGAUUCAAACAGUUUUUGUCCAGUGGGAUGGUUCUUUCCCCUCCCUCCCUUACAGUGAUCUUCACCCUCUCAUCCCCUCUUCUCCCUCUCUCAUGUCAUCCCCUUCUCUUCCACUCUUCUCUCUCUGUCAUAUCUCUUCAUAAUGUUAAUGACGUCAUUACUCAUCAUUUCUAUGUCUUCUUUGGCUGUGCAAAUGACUGCAGCAAAAAGAGCUGGAUGAGGUAAAAAGACAAAGACUCAUUACACCAUCAGAGAGAGAAAGAGAGAGAGAGAGAGAUACAGAGAGAGAGAGAGAGAGAGAGAGAGAGAGAGAGGGGGGGGGGGAUACAGGGGAGAGAGAAACAGAUACCGCUUGCCGUGCGGUAGCAGAGAGAACAGUCUAUGACUAGGGUGGCUGGAGUCUUUGACAAUUUUGAGGGCCUUACUCUGACACCGCCUGGUAUAGAGGUCCUGGAUGGCAGGAAGCUUGGCCCCAGUGAUGUACUGGUCCGUACGCACUACCCUCUGUAGUGCCUUGCGGUCGGAGGCCGAGCAUUUGCCAUACCAGGUGGUGAUGCAACCAGUCAGGAUGCUCUCGAUGGUGCAGCUGUAGAAUUUUUUGAGGAUCUGAGGAUCUGAGGAUCUGAGGACCCAUGCCAUGCCAGAGAGAAAGGAAUAGAGAGAAAAAGGAAGAGAGCGAGACAUAGAGGGAGGGAGAGGGAGGGGGAGAGCUGAGCUGACAGGUCCUUACUCUACCUUACACUAAUCUCCAUUCAGCGCAGUGUUUUAUUAGUGGGUGUGUGCGUGUGUGUAAGUGCGUGCGUGCCUAUGAGUGUGUGCGUGUGUGUGGCCUAUGUAAGUGUGUGUGUGUAUGUGUGUGUACUCCAAAGCUAAUUGUGUGUAAUGACUCAACAUACUCCCCCAUUAACCCUCACCAGUUCAGGAAGAACAAAAUGAGGGACUUUGUUCCCGACUCGGACUCUGAUUUCAACUCAGACUCAGAUGACGCUGAGGACCCGGAUCUCCUUCUCAGACGGGUGAGUUAGGGUGUGUGUGUGCAUGUGUUUCUCUAUUUCUACCUGUUGCUCUUUUCGGUUAAACUCAAUUCUCCUCUCCUCUCCCCAGAGGUUGGCUGCAGCCCUGGUGUGGUUUAUCCGUACCCAGCUCCAGCCGGGGGUUCUGAGAGUGACCCUGCGUACGCUACGUAUCCUGUCCCGCGACCGGCAGGCUUUGGCACCCCUAGUGACCGACACCGCUCUCCUCACCCUAGCCCACCUGGGCGGCAUAACCUCCCUGCCCAUCCCCGAGGGCCAGGAGGAAGACGAGGAGGAAGGUCAUGAUGCUGAGAGAGAAGAUUACGGCCAUGUCCUUAGUGACGUCAGUUCGGAUGCCUGUAAACAGAGCGACACGGGUGGGUGCAGUAGGGGCGCUAAUGCUAAUACUAGCUCGUUAGCGGUUAGCAACGUGGAUGCUAACGUUGUCGGUGCUAGCCCGACCCAGCACUCCUUGGCCCAGGCUUCCACUCAGACCUGUCCAGCCCUGGUUACGGCCAACAACAGCCAAGGUGGAGCGAUGACAUUGCCAUCGGUGGCCAGGGACCCCUGCUGCACCCUCAGCACGGAAACCUGCCAUGGCAACCUGCGCUCUGUCUCCACGGAAACCUGCACUGCCCAGCACCACUGCUCUCCGGGUCAUGCCCGGGAAGAGAGGGAUGAAGAGAGGGAUGAAGAGGAGGAUGAAGAAGAGAAAGAGGAAGAUGACCAGGAGGGGAGGAGGGAAGCCCUGAAAGCCCUGUGUAAUAUCAUCUACAACAGUCAGAGGGCGCAAGAGAGGGUCAGCGCUCUGAGGUAAGGGAGAGCAACUGUUGGAGUACAACAAAAACGAUUUAUAGUAUGGCAUCACUUCCCUCAUCUCUCUCUCUCUCUCUCUCUCUCUCUCUCUCUCUCUCUCUCUCUCUCUCUCUCUCUCUCUCUCUCUCUCUCUCUCUCUCUCUCAGACUGCUCUAUGGUCUAUCAGACAGGCUGAAGCAGGGGAUCAGUGCCAAAGCUCUUCACAGUGGUCAGUUUUAUGAACUACGGCUGCUCUUUCUGCUGACGGCUCUGAGACCAGAGCUCAGGGUGCAACUGCAGCAGGUAACAGCCUAGAGGAGGAUGGAGUUGUGGUUUCCCUGCUAAUGGUUAGGGGUAUGAUUUGGGGUGGGUAGGCCUACUGUAUGCCACUCUCUCCAUCUGUCUUUCUUUUCUCUCUCUCCAUAUCCCCCUGUCUCCCCCUGUCAGGAGCGAGGGGUGUCCAUACUGACUGCAGCUCUGGAGCAGUGUCUGUCUGUGCAGUGGGGGGAAGAGUACGAGGUGCUGAGCGACCACAGAGCUCCCCCUGUCUCUAAGGAAGUGUCACAGCGGGCUGUGGAGAUCCUCAAGACCCUGUUCAACAUCACAUACAGCUUCCACAGACAGGAGCCAGACGAGGUGGGUGGAGGAGAGUCCCAUAGAAUUAAAAUGUGGCUUUGUCCCUAUAGCAUGAUCUACUCCAAUAUCUGUACCUUGUCCGUCUUCUAUGGAGCAUCCCUGGCUUUUAGUUUCUGAGUAGGUAGGAGUAGGUAGCUAGGAGCUGUCUCAAAAUACUGAUCCAGUAUUUUUUAAGUUAAGAGUGAGGGUUAGUUAAAACUGAUCCUAGAACUGUGGUCAGGAGGCCUUUUUAACUUGUCCUCUUCUCUUUAUGUCCCUCUCAGGAGGAUGCAGCUCUCUAUCGCCGCCUGGCUGCAGUGCUACGUCACUGCCUGCUGCUGACCUGUGACGGAGAAGAACUCACUGAGGAGUUACAGGGGUACGUACGAGGGCUUCUUCUGUUGUCUAUCCAUGCAUUUCUAUUUGCAUCUUUCUUUUGAAAGUAAUGGUGGCCAUUCUAGGUUUCCUUUUUCGUGGCAAAGUGGAAAAGAUAUGUUCUGAAUCAUUUUGAAAUGGGUGCCAUUUCAGGUUUUCCCCAUGUCUCCUUACCUCUGAUCCCUGACCCUUAACCUUUGACCUUUAACCUAUAACCCUCCUUAGGCACACAGUGAACGUGCUCUCUGCCCUGCCCCUGCAAUGUCUGGACGUGCUGCUGUCUGUGCAUCUGACGGAGAGUUCACAGGAGUGGGAGGGGGUCAACAUGGACACUGUCCACACCCUACUCACCUUCAUGGAGAGACGCCUGGACAGGGUGAGGCAGAGGGAGGGAGGGAUUGAGAGAGAGAGGAAAGUGGGGAGGAAAGGAGGCACCUAUCUCAUAUGAGGAUGCUGUUUGCUUCCCCAUGGUGUGCAGUGGAGGGUUGCAUCUCAAUAGUAUAUAGCUAUGGAAGCAUACUGGAUGUUUAUAAAGGGUCAUAAGCUGACAAAAUCACCUAUGUAUUUGUUAUGAAGGGUCAGAAGUUGAAGGAGAAACUGACUCCAGUCCUGAAUCUGUUGACUGAGAGCUGCCGUGCGCACCGCGAGACACGCCACUACCUCAGACAACAGGUACUGUUCUCUCCUGUUGGGCUGAAACUCCAACUGAUUAUUGUGGCUUUAAUACAGUAUGAUAAUGCUAGUCUGAUGUUCGGUUUACAUUGUUGGAGAAGCCUGCUUCGACUUUUGAUAUUGGAGCCGCUGUCUGUCCCCUCCUGGAUAGCAGCUGACUGGUUGAGCAGGUUUUUGCUCCCACACAGCACUAACACCUGCCUCUACCUGUACACUGCUACAGAUCCUCCCCCCUCUGAGGGAUGUGGCCCUGAGGCCGGAGCAGGGUGCCACAGUAAGGGGACGUCUGGUGCGCCUGAUGACCCACGUGGACACGGACAUCAAGCAC